CUGCGGCUGCGCAGUCAGCGCUCAGGCCGUUCCGGGAAGGAGUAGGGAGGAUGUGGCUCUGGCGGUGACCAAGGGGAGGAGCCUCUGCCGAGCCCACAGAAGAGUAUGGAAAAUCCAGAGAGGGCCCAUCUUCCAUCCUCCUGAAGAGCCAGCCCCACCAGGGCUUAUGGGUGAGAGUUAAAUCCAGUCUGUGCUCGGAUGAUAAGAGGCUGUGUUCACAACCAAUGGCCAACACCAGAGUCGUGGGGUGGCAGAAGGUGCUGUAUGAGCGGCAGCCUUUCCCUGAUAACUACGUGGACCGGCGGUUCCUGGAAGAGCUGCGCAAAAACAUCUCCACCCGGAAAUACCAGUACUGGUCCGUGGUCUUUGAGUCCGGGGUGGUGAUCCAGCAGCUGUGCAGUGUCUGUGUCUUUGUGGUCAUCUGGUGGUAUAUGGAUGAGGGUCUUUUAGCGCCCCAAUGGCUCUUUGGAACCGGCUUGGCUUCCUCCCUGAUUGGCUACGUGUUGUUUGACCUCAUUGAUGGCGGGGCUGGGCGGAAGAAGAGCGGGCGCACGCGGUGGGCUGACCUGAAGAGUGCCCUGCUCUUUAUCACAUUCACCUAUGGCUUCUCCCCAGUGUUGAAGACGCUGACAGAAUCCGUCAGCACUGACACCAUCUAUGCUAUGUCUGUUUUCAUGCUCUUGGGUCACCUUAUCUUCUUUGACUACGGGGCCAAUGCUGCGAUUGUGUCUAGCACCCUCUCCCUCAACAUGGCCAUCUUUGCCUCUGUCUGCCUGGCCUCCCGCCUGCCUCGAUCCCUCCAUGCCUUCAUCAUGGUGACAUUCGCCAUCCAGAUCUUUGCCCUGUGGCCAAUGCUACAGAAGAAACUGAAGGCCUGUACCCCAUGCAGCUAUGUGGGGGUCACGCUGCUCUUUGCUUUCUCUGCCCUGGCGGGGCUGUUGACCAUUAGUAGUGUGGGGGCCAUACUCUUUGCCCUGCUACUAGUUUCCAUUUCUUGUCUCUGUCCUUAUUAUCUCAUCCGCUUGCAGCUUUUCAAAGAGAACAUUCAUGGACCUUGGGAUGAAGCUGAAAUCAAGGAAGACCUGUCCAGGUUCCUCACCUAGCUUGGGGCAGGUGGAGAGUUCCCACAUUCUGGUACUAAAGACUGAAAGACCAGACCCCACCCCUCAAAAAAGCAGCCACAAGGGGAAGAAGGUCUCUCAAAAGCAGCAGGUUGGGAGAUGUCUGAAAGAACAGCAUUAGAAGAAUGAAGUAAUGGUAGUUGCUGAUGAUUUAUACUUCUCCAUCUUACAGAAUGGACUAUGAUCUUCAGAGGUCUGGCAAUGAUACUGACACUGGAUUUGAGAUUUGCUAUGGCCAAUGGCGUAGUGUAGUCUUAUAUAAAAACUGAAGCUUAAAGUCUGAGUUCUUUCAUUUGACUUUCUUCUAAGAGGGAGCAAGGGAAUAAGCAUUUAUAAGUGCUUCCUAGUGCCAUACAUGUGCUAAGCUCUUUAUAAUUAAGUCAUUUGAUCAUCACAACAACCCUGGGAGGUGGAUGCUCUUAAGGAAACUGAGGUAGGCAGCAGUUAAAUACCUUGCAUGGGGUCACACAGUAACUGUCAAGAGUUGGAUUUGAACCUGGAUCUUAUUGACUCCCAGUGCUCUAAUGGCUCCAUCUAGCUACAAGGACAUAGAAUAUGGACAAGGCUUACUCAUCCAGACUUUUUAGCAUGGGUCAUGAUUGCCUGUUGAAUAAAGUUCAAAUUCCUUCACCUCCUUUCACAUUCUAUCUUUACAGUUAUAACUCAUACUCCUUUGAUCUGUUUUGUGCUAAACUGGACUACUCAAGAAACUGCCCCUGGAAGUAGAUAGGAGAGUUCUAUAGCUUCCCCUUCUCUGUUCUCCAUCUCCAUUGCUAGAGGUACCCUCUGCUUGGAAAGCUACUCUCUUCCUCUGAUGAAUGGAUCCUACCCCAUUGCAUGAUCUCCAACCCCAAUACUAUGUGUUUAUUCCAUGAAGACUUCUCUGAUGUCUGCCUUUGCUAAUAACCUUCUUCCUAGGAGUACUUAAGAGUAGCAUUGAUGGUACACUAGUGCAUAGUAUGGUUAGAUAGCCCCCUACCAGGCUAUGGGGGCUCUAUGGGGGCAAGGAUCGGAUCUUUUCUAAACUUUGUAUCUCUCUCAGCAACUACUACUGAGCUUUGCACUUGGGAGAGGAAUCGAUGUUCAUUAAAGCAAUGAAUAAAUAAAAAAGAAAAAGAUGACUAGUAAAAAUA